CCACCUUAAUCGAUUAUAAGGCUGGUCUCCUCGUCGCUGUCAGCGCCACUUUUCCACGUGAAAACAAUAUCGAGACCGACGACGCGAUUUGACGGCCAAGCAGGCCCGCGUACGCGAGCAACGUUGCUCCUUUUCCGUUCGAUCAUCGACCGAUUCGCUGCCCCUCGAAUAAGUCGCCUUUCUCCAGAGCGCAUUUUCGCGCCUUUUUCUAGUCCGCGGUACACCGCUUUUCAGCAUACAACAAGCUGUAAAACUGACUAAGAAUCGCGAGUUUAAAGUCAAUGACUCGACUCUACACCGCGCUGCCUGCUCGUUAUUCCUCGUCAGGCGUUCCUCGCUGUACAAGUGCGCAACUUUCGAGCUCUAGCUCGCUGGCCUCCGCGGUCGCCGCGGCGCGAGUACGCACGCGAUAUUGAUCGUCGAUAAUCGAGAAGCCUAAGCAGACCCCGGUGACUCGCUCGUCAAAAUACGGGGCUCGCAAUUAACCCGCCCGCCCUCGCAGCCGCACGCGUCGCUACACUUUGCCGAGGAAUAAAUUAGUGCAGAGUUGGAGGCCGCGCUUGACGAUGCGCGCCUGAAUCAGCGGCCGAUGGCAGUGCCGACGUCCUCACGAUUCCCGCUUCCUCGCCCGCGAUGAAUGCGCUCUUUCAACUUUUGUCUCGCGCGCCGAGCAAAGCGAUGGAGAGGUACGAGCGACUUGCGCGUCUCGGCGAGGGUAGCUACGGAGUUGUCUUUCAAUGCCGAGAUCGCCAAACCGGAAGACUCGUCGCCGUUAAAAAGUUUCAACAGACCGAGGACGACCCUCUCAUACGGAAGAUCGCACUCCGGGAAAUACGCUUGCUCAAGAAUCUUAAACACCCGAAUCUGGUGAAUCUCCUGGAGGUUUUCAGACGAAAAAGAAAAUUGCAUCUUGUUUUUGAGUAUUGCGAACACACGCUACUCAACGAAAUGGAAAAGUAUCCGAAGGGCUGCCCCGAAAUCACCACCCGACAACUCACCUGGCAAAUUCUUCAAGGCGUCGCGUACUGUCACAGGCUCGGAUGCGUUCACCGCGACGUUAAACCUGAAAAUAUUCUCAUCACCGGUGAAGGAGUCGUCAAACUUUGCGACUUUGGCUUCGCCAGGAUGCUCAGCCCUGGGGAAAAUUACACGGAAUAUGUCGCCACUAGAUGGUACAGAGCGCCGGAGCUACUGGUGGGAGACACGCAAUACGGGACGCCGGUAGAUGUUUGGGCGAUCGGUUGUGUGUUUGCCGAAUUGAUUCGAGGCGAGGCGCUUUGGCCUGGAAAAUCGGACGUUGAUCAACUGUAUCUCAUAAGAAGAACCCUCGGCGAUCUAUUGCCGAGGCACAUGGCAAUCUUUCAGCAGAACGAGUUUUUUGCUGGUGUCAUUUUGCCGACACCGCAAUCCGUGACGCCUCUCGAGACCGCUUUGCCGGAAAGAACGAAUACCAGCGCGUCGCGACACCAGAUCGAUUUCUUGAAAAAGUGUCUCGACAAGGAUCCGGAGCUUCGAUGGACGUGCGAUCAGUUGCUGCAACACAAUUACUUCGAUAAUUUUCACUUCAAAGUACCGGAGAGCGAGGUCGAUGAGUUUGAAAAAUUAAAAAAGUACCGAGACCGGUCGAGGAACACGAAUUACGGUCAAUUGGUAAUGUUGCCACAACUGUCGAAAAACGGUGGUACGAUACAAAAUCUCCAACACCAGCAGCAACAGCAGCAGCAGCAGCAGCAACAACAGGAUGGUCGACCAAAAAGUUCCUCGAUGAGACAUCACCGCGAUUUUGAUCACUUGCCGACAAUCAGGGGCUGCAACUGAAUCGAAAAUACGUGCGGCCCUGCGCCGCACGAUUCACAAUCGAAUGUACUAUAAAACGUAUUUAUCAUUAUUCCAUCGUUGUAAAGAAAAACUGAGGAGAAUCGUGUUCCGUCCGCGUCUCAAGUACGCUUGAUUACCAUUUUUGAAUUAUUUAUAUUUCAUCGUUUGGUACGUGUGCCUGCGAGGUCACCCAUUCAUAACUAAGUUUCAUUUCUCUACAUUUUCACACUUGCAUGAUCGAUUGUAUAUGUAUUUAUAUACAUUCGCAUGAACAUAGAGAAGUAUGUUGUAAAGAACGGUUGUGUACAGAGGAGGGUUUAAGAUUAUAAGAGGACUCUGUGAUGAAAAUGUCAACACAAGAAUAAAGAGACUCGCCACGUUGUA